ACUUCACUCCCCUGUACUAUCUUCUCACUUCUCGCCAAGUCUGCCCCUUUACUUCCACGAUGACCUGGUGGCGUCGCGACUCGACCAUCUCCCCUGUCCAGCGCUACGCGCAACGUCUGCUUCGCUCCCACGAAGCUGCUCUUCGCACACGAGGCUUCUCCCGUACACCUUCGAAGGCCGCCCAACAUGAAGACGACAAGGGCUCCAAUCGCCCAGCUGGCAUGUCCAACCUGGAGUGGAUGCAAUCGCAGCACUAUCAACGGUGGCGAAAAAGGUUGAUGGAGGACCCAUACCAUGUUCUCUUCGGGGCUAGCAAUGACAUGCUGAAUGGGAAGGGAUUGAAGGACUGGGAGUGGAUCAGUAACACUUUUCCCAAAUGGAUGCUGAGGGAGAUGGACGGGCAUGAGGACGCCACCCAACAGCCAAAGAGGGAUAAAGACUCCAAUCCGUCUGCGAGGUUUCCGAAAAAGGUGGAAAUCAACAACGAUGAGCCAAGUGCCCCUGGCAAGAGAGAUUCAUACUUUCCGCAGCCUACGAUCAGGGCCACACGGAUCGACCGCGACGAUUUCGGUGGUAUUGUGUCACCAUCCGACCUGAGACGGCCAAGGGAACAGCCUGAUUUCCCAGUCUCUGUAGAAAUCAAGGAAGCGGAAAUUGAGUUCAGUUCCAAGCCAAGCGCCUCCCUACCACCAGCGGAUCCGCCUCAAGUCAUCAAUCUUUCGCCACCGACACCACCUAAAAGCAUACAGUCUUUUAGCGAUUACAUAGCUCAGACGAAAUCGAAAGCGGCCAACGAAAUCAAACAGUCGAUUCAGCCUACGGUGGUGAAAGACGAAUCUUUUAUGGAUGGGUUUCUUGCCGAUGAGCCAACUGUCAGCACCCCUUCCAUCACCUCUAGUUGGAGGGAAACCGCACUACAGCGGCGAUCAUUAGAGAGCAGCUCGACGAAGUCCGAAGCCAGCAAAGAGCCUUUGGAGACUAUGCCAACCGCUCAAGAAAACGAAACGAUGCUCUCGAGUCCAGUUGCAGAUGAGCGUUCCGCAACACAAACCGUGAAUCAAAUGAUACCCGCUGAAGUCGUGAAUGAAGGACAAGACUUACCACCAGUGAACGAGACCGACAAGCCACAAACCAUUGCUCCAACAGCUCGGACAACAUCAGAGAAAUUGAGUCAGCUACCUGAGGACGAUCUCGACUUUUUGAGUGCGGCUGAUAUUCGCGCAUCCAUGGGUGCAAGAAAGAGUAAGAUUCUGAGUGAUGAACAGAAGAAAAGUGCGCGAGAAAACUUGGAGAGAUCCUUUGCAGACGCACAUGCUAAGGGCGACGAAGUCCACCCGAUGAUUGAAUCCAAGAUCAUCAAUGAUCAGUUUGUGCGCCGUACCGAACGUAAAAUGCGGUUCUCGGAUGUUUCAAAGGAAAUCAACGAUCCCGCGUCAGGCCGAGAGACCGACACGACAUCUAACCUAGCAAGCGAAAAUCAGCUCGAGUCAAGUAUUGAACGCAUGAAAUCGUGGCUCGAGCAAGGCGGCGCCAUGUUUGCGAACUACUUCUGGCAGGAUCCGACAGAAGAAGCUGAUGCAAAGAAGACUCGUUUGUUCUUCGACAAAGUGCUAGCACGUGUUCGCAAGGGACGCACGGCCAUGAAACAAGUAAUUGAAGACCUAGAAACGGAUAUUCCUUCAUCCAAGCAACUUUUGAGGCGCAUGAAAACCGAUGAAGACGUCUUGGACUCGGCAAUUCACGCUCUGCGACAACGCUCGGGCAGUGACAAGAUACAGCCACUAUCGCCAAGGAAAGUCCGGGCUAUACAGUCCCUGCGCUUGAAGUACCAAGACACCGAUAAUGAUUUGAGCAAGGCCUACGCGGCUCUGGAUGAGAUCGGCAAGUCUGACGCGGCCAAGAACGUCUCCUUGGCAUUCAAGCGACGACUGGUCAUUGGGUCGAAAAUCAUUCAGAAAAACGCCCAUCUUACGCGUUACCUGAUAUGGAGUUUGCAAGCUCGUCUCGAGGAUCCGGAAAUUGACCGAAGCAUGCUGGCUAAUUACAAGGCCGUCGCGAACAGCUUGUUGACUCUGAGAGACACGCAAAUGGCGUUAUCUCGGCUGGUAGAUCGUGCCAUGUUAGUUUACGGCGUAGAGCCACAGACUGUGGAGAAGCUCGAUUUCCUGAACCAAACUGGCCUUGAUAUAUCGACAGAGCAUGGACAAAAGUCCGCUUCCGAUGCUACUGCCAGUAUGACUCCGAUCGACAAAGCCCAGCUUCGUGCCAAAAUCGCUGCCGAAGAACGCCUUGCCAACGAAGUCGAUGCACAGAAGUCCGCAAUGCGCGGGUUGUCCGAUGAUGGAUAUGUACGUGGGCCGAACACUGCAGCAAAUAAAUCAUUUGAGGGGCGAGGUCCACUUGAUCAUAGUCUCUAUCGGCCCUUUGGAACGGUACUGGAAAGCUUGGGCAGCGAACUGCCUUCAAGAGUAGAGGCGUCCAAGCCUGAAGAAGAAGGGCCAAAAACUUACAACGAUGCUGAGCUAGUUGCGGAGGUGCAGAAGGCUUACGAGGACACAUAUGGCCCGAUUAGUGUCGGCCAUCAACAGCUGACCGACGCUGCUGACAAGGUAAAACAGGAGCAAGAAAAUGAUGUCAAGAAAUUCGAGAUGUUGAAAGACGAUCCCACGACUGGCGAGGAUGCUCUAUUGCAGGUCAAUGAUACUCAAAUCUCCGAGACCAUAGCUACGAAGCCAGAUGCGACAGCAGAUGCUAUCCCGCAAGCUGUACAGGACGAUGCUGCGACCGCCCAGGCCGCGCCCUCAACCGAGACUGCUACCUCAACUCGUCAAAGUAACGAAACACUGCCUGACUCUACGCCUGAUACAUCCACUACGGCCAACUCAUCCCAUCCUUCAAUCGCCCAUCUCCCAACACACUACACGAUUCUCAUCCACGAUGCAGAAACCAACUCCGUCUCUCUCACAACCUCCACCUCGCCUCCACCCCGCGACACAUCCCCCUUCAUCCCACUACACAGUGCUCUGUCGACCCUCCAUUCUCCCUCAAAAUUCAUGCCAUACAUUACUCCCAACCUCGAAAUCGUCACCGCUAAACCUGAUAUGCUUAUCCUGCGCGACGCGGUACCUCCAUCUGGCGCACCAUCAUUCCAAUCCAUGGAAAGCAGUGCAAAUCCAGACGGCGAAAUCCAGCAACAGCGGAUUAUCAAUCCCAUAGACGGUACCACGCGCCUCUCGCCCACGGGCUAUGUUGGCCCAGAGGAGAACCGUGAGCAGCUCGAACGGGAGUUUGACGAGAGGAGACGCGAAGCCGAGCGACGGGCGUCGGCAGAGGGUGCAGAGAGGAAGAGAGGCGGAAAGGGUGCAGGUGUGGUCAAGACGGCGAUUUGGGCGGCGGCUACGUGCUAUGUUGUUGGUGUUUUGGGAGAACUUGUUGGUUCAAUGUGAGAAGCAUAGCAUGACUUGAGGAGAGAAGGUAAUGUAUCCUUCUUACCUGUGGUGUGGGGUUUCUUCUGUAUGAUGUACGAAGCUGUUAUUUUUCCAAGCUUCUUUUCUUGUAUAUGGAUGGACGUGUAGGCGUUGGAUGGAGGCGUUGCUCACUCAGGCAUUGACAACACCGCUCUUACUCUGGUUAGAAUUAUAUAUUUAUUUAACUACACAUCAG